CACAACUCAACCAACACCCAGCCAUUUGGGCUUUACUCACCUUGGGCCAUACAAAAGGCAACCUCCACACAAUAAAUAUCACUUCGUUCUUCUUAAUCAACACAAAUCUUCACAUUCGGUCCCAUCAGGCCAACAUGGAUCAGCCCAAACAAAGAACGAUUGCGCAUCUCAAUGCUAUGCCUGUUGAGAUGAUACAUCUCAUAACAGAUGAGAUCUCCUUGCUAAAGGAGCCUUACAAGGGCCUGCUCUACUUGGCACUGGCCUGCAAAAGUCUCAAAGCGAUUGUCCUUCCACGUCUGUACGACAAAGAUGCAAAAGACUCACUCAAACUCGAUCAUCAACAGCCCCUAGCUCUUCAAUGGGCGACCUGGUUUGGUGCCCUCGAAACAGCAAAAGGCUCCCUGGAAGCUCUAGAGCGGACCGGCACAAAUGUCGAAGAUAAGAUUAACCAGCCUUUCCAAAAUGACCGUCUCUACACCUUAAGAUACAAGACCGUCCAGAGGACGGGUCCUUUAGGCCCGGCCUAUGGGUAUUUGCACUGGGGAAGCCGGAGCAGCCUUUUGCACCUAGCCUGCCUGCGUGGGAACACAGCAAUCGCCACAUUACUAUUGGACAAUGGUUUCAAACCAAAUACGCCAGAUGGGAAGAGACUACCUCCUUUGGCAUACGCGUUAAAUGAAGAUGUGGCCAAACUGCUCAUCAGCAGAGGAGCGGACGUCGAUGCCACACACGACACCGACGAAACAGCUUUAUGCCAUCUCGUUUCUUGGGGACCAAUGGAUGACUGCGAUUGGAGCAAAGAAACCAACAUGCCCAAGAGCAAGGGUGCUCUGAAUGCUCUGGACACUCGUCACAAUCACUUCAGCACUAUUCGUUAUCUUGUCCAACAGGCCAACGCAGACAUAUACGCAAAUACCAUAAGGAACGUCAGUCCCCUACUUUUUGCCAUAAACAAGCGAUACGUCGAAGCUGUCCAGCUUCUUCUAGAAGCGGGUGCUUCGCCAAAUCCGAUCAACAGCGAGACAGGUCAGAAGCGGUUAUUGCUAGCAGAUGCGCUCAAGCGAAACCAGAACCACGAGAUUGUUAAAAUUUUACUGGAGGCUGGAGCUGAAGCCGACUUUGAUACAAUGCCAGAAGGUGACCUUUCGCAGGCGCAGGGCGAAGCGCUUCCCAUUAUGAAUCUGAUAACGUCACUGAGCAAUCCAUUAUAUGCAAAGACAGAAGUUGACAUAGCCAAACUUGUCUGUGGGAAGAUAAGACACUUUAAUAAGGUCAUUGAUGGGCAUACACCGUUGUGGUAUUACGUUAGAAAGGGAAGAGGGGAUAUUGGUCUGGUUUUGAUAGAGCAUGGAGCAUGCCCCAAGUUGGCAAAUGUGGAAGUCCGUGAAGAUACCGUUCCGAGACUAAUCGCACUCGAAUAGUAUAGAACUUUAGUACAAUCAUCAACUAUU